GACUAAUUGCUGACUGUUCACAGGGUGUAUGAAAAUAGAAAUUCAAACGAUUUAACUGAAGAGAAUAACAAUCGCGUAAUAUUUACCCCUUCAAUCGACGCUCGUAUUGCCAUGUAGAUGAAUGAAUGCUUAUCGAUGGAUAUUAUUUGGAUAUAAGGCGUGAUUAAUGAAUGCACAAUGAAGAAGUUGAACGCUUGUCUUUUAUCUUUUCCUUCCUGUUUUCUUUGUUGAAUUUUUCCUGUGCGUGUUUGUUUGCAUGAAUUCAUCAGUUUCACCGCAGUGCUGUGUGAUUGGUUAAGGCGCAUUGUGUGAAUAAAACAUUCUAAAUAUAUUGUUUGUGUACAUGCAUCGCGUCAAUCACAGGGUGAGCAAAGCAACUGUAUGAAUUUAAGCUGGUUGAUUCAGCAGUCACGGAAGCAGAGAUCCUGCUUCAAAAUGGGAAAAGUUUUUCUUGAGCAAGGUUGAAAAAAAGCAGGCCCAGAUCUUGUUUUGACUGUCUUCAUACAUCUGGGAUCUAAGUUUUUGCGGGAACAUUCGUGAUUACAGGGUUUACAGGAUACUUGGAGUAAUGGUGGUCAAUACGAUCUACUGGUUCAGAAAGGGCUUGAGGCUCCAUGAUAACCCAGCACUGCGAGACUCGAUUGCGGGAGCAGACACUCUGAGAUGCGUUUACAUACUGGACCCCUGGUUUGCGGGAUCGUCCAACGUGGGAAUCAGCAGAUGGAGAUUUUUACUGCAAUGUCUGGAGGACUUGGAUGCAAGCCUCCGCAAACUUAACUCUCGCCUCUUCGUCAUCAGGGGACAACCCACGGAUGUCUUUCCAAGGCUAUUCAAGGAGUGGAAAAUCAGCCGGCUGUCAUAUGAGUAUGACUCCGAGCCCUUCGGGAAGGAUCGAGAUGCAGCCAUUAAGAAGCUGGCCACUGAAGCUGGGGUGGAAGUCUGCAUCAGGAUCUCCCACACACUUUAUGAUCUUGACAAGAUCAUAGAGUUAAAUGGAGGGCAGUCUCCUCUCACCUAUAAACGAUUUCAGAUGCUCAUCAGCAGAAUGGAGCCUGUAGAAAUACCAGCAGAGUCAAUCACUGCUGAAUUCACUGGCAGAUGCAGCACUCCUGUCAGCGAUGACCAUGACGACAAGUUUGGGGUGCCAUCACUGGAGGAGCUUGGUUUUGAGACCGAGGGGCUGACCUCAGCAGUGUGGCCUGGUGGAGAGACUGAAGCUCUGACACGUCUAGAGAGGCACCUGGAGAGGAAGGCAUGGGUAGCUAAUUUCGAGCGUCCCAGAAUGAAUGCUAACUCCUUGUUGGCCAGCCCCACAGGCCUGAGCCCUUACCUCCGCUUUGGCUGCCUCUCCUGCAGACUUUUCUACUUCAAACUCACAGACCUCUACAAAAAGGUUAAGAAAAGCAGUAUCCCACCACUGUCACUUUACGGUCAACUGCUCUGGCGUGAGUUCUUCUACACGGCUGCCACUAACAACCCACACUUUGACAAAAUGGAGGGCAAUCCCAUCUGCAUGCAGAUCCCGUGGGACAGGAACCCUGAAGCUCUGGCAAAGUGGGCAGAGGGCCAGACUGGUUUCCCAUGGAUCGAUGCCAUUAUGACCCAGCUGAGGCAGGAGGGGUGGGUCCAUCAUCUAGCCAGGCACGGUGUUGCUUGCUUCCUCACGCGUGGAGACCUGUGGAUCAGCUGGGAGGAGGGCAUGAAGGUGUUUGAGGAGUUGUUGCUGGAUGCAGACUGGAGUGUAAAUGCAGGCAGCUGGAUGUGGCUUUCAUGCAGCUCAUUCUUCCAGCAGUUCUUUCACUGUUACUGUCCAGUGGGCUUCGGUCGACGUACCGAUCCUAAUGGAGACUUUAUAAGGCGCUAUUUGCCCAUAUUGAGGGGCUUCCCUGCCAAGUUCAUCUAUGACCCUUGGAAUGCCCCAGAAAGUGUUCAGAAGAUUGCCAAGUGCAUAAUUGGAGUGCACUACCCCAAACCCAUGGUUAAUCACGCUGAGGCCAGCAGGAUAAACAUAGAGCGAAUGAAACAGAUCUGCCAGCAGCUGUCCUGCUACCGAGGCCUUGGGCUCCUUGCAACUGUUCCAACCAACACAAGCAACAAUGGUGAUGGUACCAGAGCAGCUUGGAGAGCAGGUCCUUCCUCAGGAGAUAGCACACAGGAGAGCAACCUCAAAAUAGUGCACCCUGCACCAGUAAGUUCUCAAGCAGAGUUUCCAUUAAUUACAUUGUCAUGUGAUCAUCAGUCUCUCAACAAUGCCCAACAACCAGGUUACACAUGUGUUGGUAUGGUUGGACAAGCCCACAAACAGUCACAGAGAGCCAGAGGGAUGAGUACUUUGAAGCGACGAAGCGAAGACCCAGCAGCAGGCAGCGCAUCGAAGAUUCUGAGGAAAGACAACAACUAGUCACCUUGGACUUCUAGCCAUACACACACUUCUCCUCAGACCUGUGUUGAACAGAAGCACAGAGAACAGUUUCUCGACUUGCCCAUCGUCAGCUCUGUCCCUUUAUGAUUUGCCAUGGUGUCAUUCCACUUGUAGAGCUUGAGUUAGCAUUGAGGACUAAGCCACAUGAUAUACUGUAUGUGGUUACAGCAUUUAAAAUGUCUACAUUGUUUGCAAACUGUAUGUUUAUGAAUUGUGGAGCAAAAUGUUUUUGUUCUUGUGGUGUUUGACCAUGCAUUGUCAUAGUCACACAAACCAAAUGUUAUGAAUUGAUUUCUCUUUCCAAGUGUGUGAUUCUUGCAUACCAUUUAGUGUCCAUUUUGGUGUUGUUUUCUGAUUAUUUGACAAUAGCUGAAAUUUAAACACAAUGAGAUGUAACUUAAAGGAAGGUUUCGAGUUUAAUACAAGCUCAGUUAACAGCAUUUGUGGCAUAAUGUUGAUAAACACAAAAAUAUAAUUUUGCCCUUCAUUUAUUUAACAAACAAAAAAGGCAAACAUCACAGUUAAAGUAAGGCACAUUCAAUGGGGCCAGUCCAUAAACACUAAAAUGCACAUUAUUUCAAAUGUAUUUCAAGACGUAAACAUUAUAAAUGUUAACAUGAUUUUUGUGUGAUAAAACCACUUAACUGUGAAGUUACAUCCAGUACGGAGAUUUCAGGGUUUCGUUGACAUGAAAACAAAGUUGUAAUAUUGGAUAUAACAUGUUAACAUGUAAAAUAUUUGUCUUGUGUAUUUAUGGACUGGAGCCAUUCACUUCAGUGAAAGUGCCUAACUACAACUGCAUUUAAAUUAUAAUUGUUUUUUUUUAUUUUUUUUAUUUUUAUUUUUUAUUUUUUUUUUUUGGUGUGUGGAAAUCAGCUUAUUUUGUUAAUUGAACCCGGAAAAUUCCUUUAAAAGGGACUGUGUGUAAAACUGAGAUAACGAGGUUUGUACCAGCCUAAAAUUCUUGUUGCUCUUUGAAAUGAGAAAUUGGGCAUUAUUGAAAAGUAUUUGAUUGUUUCUAAGUUAUAGAGAGACAUUAAAAUGUCUAUAAAGACCACAGCAAAUAUAUCUGAUGUAUAUUUAGUCUGAUUUUUACCUUUUUAAAAAUUGAGUAAUUCUGUUAUUGUGGCCUGUGACUCAGUAAGCACAAGAGGAUUUGUUUGAAGUUAUUCAGUCUGCAAAUCAUUAUACAUAACUUUUUUCUUGCUAAUUUACAGACUUGCUGUUAUAUUUUUUUAUAUGACAAAAAAACAUUUUUUAUUAUUAUUAUUGGAUUGUUUGGUCUUAUAAAUUCCAAUUAAAACAUGAUAGACCUGUUACUAA